AUUUCAAAUCAGGAAAACCUCAAGGAAACAGCAGAAUUUUCAAUUUUAUUUGUAAAUUUGACUGAUUUCACCGUAAAUGCAAAUUAUGUUUACAAUUUGAAACUUACACGUGCUUUGUGCUCUGUUAGUGUACAUCAUCUCUACAGACUCAACUAGUGACUGAUCAUUCGGGGACACUUCCAGUCACUCAUCAAUACAGCACACGUGUGAUUAAAAAGACGAAAAUUCAAUUACAUCUGACCGACUGUGCUCCAAUCUCUUGACACAAAAAGGAACACGAUGGCACAGAAGGAGGCAGGAGUGGAGCAGAGCCGUAUGAAGAGUGGGGACAGCCUGGGGCCCAAAGCAGCAGUGGGGGCCCAUACGGCGGGUGGGGGGGUAGUGGUGGCGGUGAGGGAGAAGAAAGGACCACUGAGGGCUGCCAUACCCACAAUGCCUUUCCCCCUGGCGGUCAUCUGCUUGUUCCUGAACACCUUUAUACCUGGACUAGGUACCUUCAUCUCUGCGUUCACGGUGCUGUGUGGAGCACGCAGUGAUCUCAUCUCGGAGCGGGGGAAGUGCUGCGUGUUCUGGCUGAACGUUGCCGCGGCGCUCAUCCAGAUCCUCACCGCUGUCAUCAUGGUCGGAUGGAUCAUGAGCAUCUUCUGGGGAAUGGACAUGGUCAUUUUGGCAAGUCAGUAUCACUUUAGUUCAAUUUAGACAUU